CGGUUCCGAUUGCUCCCCCGCUUCGCUCCAUCGCCACCACCGGGACACGCUGAAUACCUGGGAGCUCACCUAUGGCGGAUGGUCCAGUGGCCGAAGUGCUGUUGCGGAGGCUGGAGGCGGCCGAUGGCGGCCUGGACAGCGCGGACCUGGCGGCCGAGUUGGGCGUGGAGCACCAGGCCGUGGUGGGCGCCGUAAAGAGUCUGCAGGCGCUGGGUGAAAUCAUAGAGGCUGAGCUACGCUCUACCAAGCACUGGGAACUGACCGUUGAAGGCCAGGAGAUUGCCCAGGAGGGCAGCCAUGAGGCCCGGGUGUUUCACAGUGUUCCUCCAGAGGGCCUGACCCAGAAUGCACUCAUGCAACUGCCCAGUGGCAAAGUGGGCUUCAGCAAGGCUAUGUCCAACAAGUGGAUCCGAGUGGACAAGAGCACACCUGAUGGGCCCCGGGUUUUCCGAGUGGUGGACAGUGUGGAAGAUGAGGUACAGCGGCGGCUUCAGCUGGUCCAAGGUGGGCAGGCAGAGAAAUUGGGUGAGAAGGAGAAGAGUGAGCUGAGGAAGAGAAAACUACUCACGGAAGUGACCCUGAAGACCUAUUGGGUGAGUAAAGGCAGUGCCUUCAGCACCACUAUCUCCAAACAGGAGACGGAACUGAGCCCAGAGAUGAUCUCCAGUGGCUCCUGGAGGGAUCGGCCCUUCAAGCCCUACAACUUCUUGGCCCAUGGCGUCCUCCCAGACAGUGGCCACCUACACCCUCUGCUCAAGGUCCGCACACAGUUCCGGCAGAUCUUCCUGGAGAUGGGAUUCACUGAGAUGCCCACUGACAACUUCAUCGAGAGCUCCUUCUGGAAUUUCGAUGCUCUUUUCCAACCUCAGCAGCACCCAGCACGAGACCAGCAUGAUACCUUCUUCUUGCGAGAUCCGGCCGAGGCCCCGCAGCUCCCAAUGGACUAUGUCAGUCGGGUCAAGCGGACCCAUUCCCAAGGUGGCUAUGGCUCACAGGGGUACAAAUACAACUGGAAGCUGGAAGAAGCCCGGAAAAAUUUGCUGCGCACACACACCACAUCAGCCAGUGCCCGAGCUCUCUACCGCCUUGCCCAGAAGAAGCCCUUCACACCAGUCAAGUAUUUCUCCAUUGAUCGCGUGUUCCGGAACGAGACCCUGGACUCCACACACCUGGCUGAGUUCCACCAGAUUGAGGGUGUUGUGGCUGAUUAUGGCCUUACCCUGGGCCACCUCAUGGGUGUCCUGCGGGAGUUCUUCACCAAGCUGGGUAUCACCCAGCUUCGCUUCAAGCCGGCCUACAACCCCUACACAGAACCCAGCAUGGAGGUGUUCAGCUACCACCAAGGCCUGAAGAAAUGGGUGGAGGUCGGGAACUCUGGUCUCUUCCGCCCUGAGAUGUUGCUGCCCAUGGGGCUCCCUGACAAUGUGUCAGUCAUUGCCUGGGGUCUCUCCUUGGAGCGCCCAACAAUGAUCAAAUACGGUAUCAACAACAUCCGGGAGCUGGUGGGCCACAAGGUGAACCUGCAGAUGGUGUAUGAUAGUCCUCUGUGCCGCCUAGAUGCUGGAUCAGGACCUCCGAGGACACAGGAGGCUGUAUGACAUGGGCUGCCAUGGAUAGGCCUCCCUUCCCAAGUCCCUACUAUCCGGCUCUUAACAUCCCUUGCCAAUGACCCUUUGUUUAUGAGGCCUUUUGAGGCCAUCCCUGCUGCCCCUGGUAUCUCCUCUUCCUGAAGUGUCCCCAGGGACAGGGAAUUGGGUAGUGGUUUUGUUCUGUUGCCUACUUGUGAGGAUGAGCAUGGGGAGCCCUGGAGGGCAGCUAUCAGUUAAUAAAGUAGGCGGUCACCUUCAUCUGGUGCCUUUCUUUAGGGGUGGAGGGCUCUGGUUGGCUCUCUGAAGCCUAUCAGGUACUUGAUGGGGAUAAUCUGGGUGCUGGAGCCCUUGGUAUGAGGGAUGGUAGGUUGGGGGGGGAUCUUGAAUCUUUGGGCCAGCCUGAACCAGAUGUCUGAGGAAAGACAGGCUCCAUCAAGCUUUUACUCAUCACCAACUGGUGCCAGGCCCUCAUCUAAGUAAACAAAACGGACCUGCUAUAUAGGAGGGGGUAAGGGAUAGGCUGUUGUUAGAACCCCAGGAACCAGGAUUCCCUCUAAUUGGCAUUUGGAGGGGAUGGAACAAUAUAAACUUUUAAAAGCUGUCCUCUUUUUCUAGGUUAUUUGGUUUUUCUAAAAUAUAUUUUUUUACAGCAGUUUUAGGUUUGUAGCAAAAUUGAAUGGAAAAUACAGAGAUUUGCCAUAUACCCCCUAUCCCCCUUCCUCCAUAGCUUCCCUACUAUCCACAUCCCUCUGCAGAGAAGAGUAUAUAUUAGAAUGGAUGAACCUACACUGGCACGCAGCAUUACUCAGAGUCUAUCGUUAACACUGAAGUUCUCUGUGUUGUAUAUUCUGGGGGUUUGGACAAUUAUAUGACUUACCCAUCAUAACUAUCAUACAGAAUAGUUUCAAUGCCCUAGAAAUCCUUUGUGCUCUCCCUAUUUAUCCCUCUUCCCCCGGCCACCAAAAAUAAUGCUGCUCUUUUUUUUUUUUUUUUUUUUUUUUUUAGAGGCAUGUUUUAUUUAUUUGUUUGUUUGUUUUGUUUAUACAUGCACUGGGUACAGUCAGAAGCACGGGAGGGUAAGAGAAUUCACCAGAGCCAGAGCGGGGAGCAGAGCAGGCAGAAGGACUGAAGUACACUGCUGAGGGGAGCAGCGGGCGGCAGGAGAGGUCUGCGCGCCAUGUGGGACCCUCCUCUGGUGGCCGGGGAGCAGCCGGGGAUCGAACCAGCGCCGCAGAGUCUGCGGGCAGCUUCACAACCCAGCGCUCAACCGCUGCGCCACCGGGGAGGCCCAAUAAUGCUGCUCUUUUUAAAAAUUUUUUUUUCAAGAAUUUCAGCUGAGCCCAGGAUAGCAGAGUAGAACAAAGAUCCAUGAGCCCAGUGCUUAUAUUGGACAAUGAAUGGGGUCUUGUGCUGAGCUUCUAAUCUAUUAAUUUUCUGUAGGAAUAUUUUAAAGCAAAUUCCAGCCAUUGGAGGGCUUAUCCCAUACCUCAGCUUUGCAUUGCAUUUUGGAAAUGGACCAUUUCUUAAAUAACCUCAAGGCUACUGUCACACUCAGGGCAUUUGGCAGUUAGUUGAGGUGAUGGGCUGUGCUGGUCUGGGACACUAUGGGCACCCAUCUCCUGAGAGCUCCUCAAUCAAAUCUUUUAUUUGGAAUUAAACAGUUGAAUCAUACAGAAAAAAUAUUCAUGCAAUAAAUGUGCACCUUCAAAGUGCCAGCACUUUUCGUAAGCUGAAAACUCAUGAACUGAGCUGCCAAAUCAUAGUUGGCAGUUGAUAUAGGGAAGAAGGAGGGGAGUUUUCAGGAUACACAUGAUAAAUAAAGGUGGGAGGGGUAAAGGCCACAUAGAAAAAUAAAGGCAAGUUAGGCGGGUGGAGCAUAUAUACAUAUAUUAAGCAUAAUACAACAAACACCCAAGUAUCCACCCCUAGUUUGAUAGAAUCUGAAUAUUGACUGUUAAGGUAUUUCAUUUUUUAGAUUUAUGUGACGGGUGGUGGGUUUGAAGAUUCCUAUGGGCUUGUCCUAGUUCCCUUUGCUCUACAUUGCUGACGUUAAUACCCUCUUCUGAAGUUGGUAUUUAUUCUAGUGUGUUUUACAUUUUUACUACCUAUAUGUUAUUUUAACAAGACAUGGUUUCAUUUGAUGUUUUCAAAAGUAUACCAGCAGUACACCAUUAAAAAAAAAUCCUGCAUCUUGUGUAUUGUGUGUGUAUCUGUGUGUAUAGGUUUGGAUUUUUGUUGAUAGAUAAUCCACAGAUUUUCCAAUCUGAUGCCUUUAGAAACAGGCAUUUUGUGUAAUUUGUGGCUAUGCUAUAAAAUAUUAAGUUAGCUCGUGUCUUCUGAGUGCCCAGUAGGUGCCAGAUGUUUAUCCCUGAAACUCUUACCAUAAGCCAAGGCUUCGAAUGUUAACACCUAUAACAAAGAUGGGUUUUGAGAGUGGGUGGCAGUUUUAUGAUCCAUGCUGGUUGAGAGGCAGAGCCCAGAAACAAAUCCACGUCCUCCAUAAUAUAGGUGUAAAAAUGUCUGCCCUAGUCAGUCAGCCUGUGUCCUGCAAGAACGAAGCAAUGUGAAGAUUGCCCUGCCUCCCUCACUGGGACACCUUCCAGUCAGUGGGAACAAAAUGCUGACCCCCUGCAUUGGUCCCAGCUCAGCCCCUGCCCACGCCUCCAGCUCCCCACAGGCCUCAAGCACACUGGCUUUGCGCCUACCUCAGGGCCUUUGCCUGCAUUGUCAAAUCUUGCCAAUUUUUGAAAUUGGGUUGUAUCUUACUGAGUUGCGGGAGUUCUUUGUAC